UCUGUGUGUGUGAGUUCGUGUUUUGUGUCUUAUUAAUCUUGUCUCUCGAAAACAGAUCCUCGUUUCCUCCUCAUCCUCCUAGAACGUUACUGGAGAGCUGAUCUCACAUAUUUUGGAUCGUAAUCAUGGACGGAGAAGAUUUUGCCGGAAAGGCGGCUGCUGAAGCCAAAGGAUUGAACCCGGGAUUAAUCGUGCUGCUUGUUGUUGGACUUCCUCUUGUUGUGUUCCUAAUCGCCAACUACGUGCUUUACGUGUAUGCUCAGAAGAACCUACCUCCGAGGAAGAAGAAGCCUGUUUCCAAAAAGAAGCUCAAGCGUGAGAAGCUCAAGCAAGGUGUCCCUGUCCCUGGAGAGUAGAAAUAAAAGCCAGCUUAGCCUUCACUUGUUGCCUCCUCGUUCAAAGCGGUUUUUACAUUCGGUUACCAAAUGUCACCCUCAAAAGGGUUUUUUUCUUACUUUACUUCUUCUGUCAAUGAGGAUUAUCUCGACUAUUGUUUUGGUCUGUCUAGUUUUUUGCCACACAUUUUGAUUUUGUUGCAUCUGUAGAGUCUGUCUCAUCUUUUUUUUUGCAGCAAUUUCUCAUCUUUGAUACUAUUUAACUGACAAAAUGUUUCUUGUUUUCCUUGUUUGUCCUCA